AUGUCGUUCCCUGCCACCAGUCAGGCCUUGAGCGCUGCCUUUACCUUUGGCAUCGUCUUCAACUCGGCCUCCGCCGCUCUUUAUCUUUGUAUCCAGGGGCAGGGCACCAAAGUAUUCCGGGACGGCCUGAGGCUGGUCCUCAUCACAUUCCUUGCUGGUGCCGCCCUCUGGGCCCAGAUCGACUUCAUCGCGACCCUCAUCGACCCUUCCUCGUCUUUGGGAUGUCAAGUCGCCGUCACUUUCGCUUCCUCCUUCGACCAGAUCGCGCGCCUUGCCCUUGAGCAGUACCUGCUAUGGGCCAUCAACAGUGGUCUCAAGCCGUCAUCCGACACCUUCAUCCCCCAGGCCCUCCUUGUCAUUCGCCUGCUUGUCGGAGUCGUCUUUGUCGCAUUUCAGCGGACUCAAGUCCUGCCCGUCUGCCAGCCAUCGAACAACAUGACCGCCAUUGGUAUCGCUGUCGGCGCCACAGACGCUGUCAUUCUCGCCCUUUUCGUCCUCCGCGCUUUCAAGACCGGACUGGUUCGAGACUACCGCGAGAAGCGCCCCGGCCAUCAGCGCGCCAGAGCUGUUCUGAUGCUCCUUGUUGGGCUCGCUUUGUGGACAGGGGCGAGUGUCCCGUUGUUUCUCGGCAUUCCGACGAUCGAUAUCAUCUGGCGUACAGCUCUGCCUGCGGCAGCCCUCAGUCUUCUACUCGCCCUCGUUGCCGCUUUUCUAGGGCCUCUGGUUCUCACCAAGGCUCACGCAUCUGGUUUGCCCCAAAACUCUGCCUCCUUGCCCGACGACUUCCAAGAUCCUACCUCACAAUCUCGCGACCUAUCUUCUUCUGAGUCAAACUUCCCCCCCAACCGAUAUGAAGAUCUGAAGACUGGCACGACAACCUCGAUUACAGCCACGCGCGCUUUCAAUGCCGGGAAUGGAGCUGCCGGAGCCGGCUUUGCGGGUGUUGCCGUCGGUGCCAUGGCUUGGCAAGAACGACAAUCGUCUGAAGGAAACUCCCGAGCACAGUACCAGAGACCCAGGGGCGAUGCUACCACCGGUGGCACAACCGCGGGGAAGCUUAUCAUCUCUCACCCUAUCCUGCAAAACGUAGGCGAGGACAGUCCUUUCAACAAGAUUGCUACCAUCGAUCUCGCCACGGCCGCCAGAAAUGAGAAGGAGCGACGGAACCUUGCUGCUCUGCAGGAGCCCACGGCCUUGAUCGCGCAGCGUGCAGCCCCUCGGCCCCCAGGCCUCACCGCUGAGGAAGCCAUCAGGAGAUCUCAGAGCAAGAUGAGGCGCAAGGAGAUAGGCCGGACAUCGCAGGACAGCACUGAGCCCCGGUUGUCUGACGAGCCAAAUAGACUAAUGCCCAGCGCGACCGUCACAUCCAGCCAAACUUCGCCAGGUAUCGAUUCGCUCCGUCGAAGAUCCCCACGACAAUCGCCCAACGAACUUUCUGUGGCUGCAGAGGAAGAUCAGUUGCCGUCUGGCGCGUCACUCCAGGCUGCCCACGUACAACAUAGGACCCUGGAGGAGAAACAGCUGCCCCCUCGGAGAUCUCUGGAAAGUUCGUCAAGCCAACAGACAGCUGUCCCCAGCAUCUCGUCUUCUCAAACAUCAUUUGCAUCGCCAUCGCCCGGCAAGCAAACGGGCUCUCCACCUCGACCGGAGCUGCCCUCCACAUGGCCGAAGCAGACCUCAGUACGAGAUACCAUCAGGCCGUCGAGAAUGCAGGCUAUGGCGGCUCGAAAUCUUCCGGGAACCUCACCACAGCAAGCUCAGAGAGACAAAAACUCUUCUUCCGAAACGCCCCAGCCUCUUCCUCCACUGCAGAGACGUGGAACCGUCGGUCUUCCCUCCAACCCUCGAGCCCAAGGCAUGAAAACUGCCGUCCAGGACGGCGAAUCCCAGCCAACCGUUCUGUUCAUGAACCAGAUUCAAUACAAUAAUCCCGCUGCGGUACAAAGCAUCAUCGACGGAGCUGCUGGUAAGCUGCUCGUCACCGCCAAUGUCAGGCCCGACGACCCCUCGCUUGACUUGGGUAAGGGAAGAGAGUCAGUCGUUCACAGGCCGCGGCCUAUACCCAGACAACAGGAGAGCGACCGUCAACUUUUCCCGUCAGAACAGUCGCCGAGGGGACAUGUAAGAAACAGAUCUGGGGGCUCCAUUGCCAGUCGAAAGUCCAUCCUACGAUCGACACCGGGUAGCCCGACCCAGUUGCCCGCCCUACCGCCCUUACCCAAGAGUGCAGGACAGCCUUUGCGACCGCUGCCAAAUGACACACGAAGCAUGACCUUUGACGAGAAGAUGGACCUUUUCUUCCCUGGAGCGCCCCGGAGUGCUAACACUACCGUCAAUGGUCUGAGGGGCUCGAUUCCUGACUUACCCCCCCUACCUGCCGCCUACGCCAUGGAGAAGCUCAAGUCCACCGACGAAGGAUCGGGUGCGGAAGUUGCACAGCGGGCUCUGUCCAAAAGGUCCAUCGCUUCCUCGCAGCGGACAUCGCUUCGAACCCGGAGCAUUUUCGAGAUUGAGGAUGAGCCUGUGCACAAGCCUGACACCCGCUACACCUCCAAGUUCAGCGUUGAUACUUACACAACCACAGAAAGAGUAGCGGCAGAUGACGUCCAUGACUCCUGGAUUCCUAUCAUGCCGGAGAGGCCGCUGUCCGAGGUGUCGCAUGAUGGAGCAAGACGUCGGUCAUCCCCUGUGAUUCCGGUCACUGGCGCCAGAAUGUCAGUGAUCAGUGAUGCCCGCACCCGUGACGAGGAGACGACGACAAACUGGGGUUCCAUCCACUCGCCCGUUGCGGCCGUCAACAUCAAGCAGGCUAGACAAGUUCCCGUGUCGACCUACAUCCAGAACCCUGACUCUGGGCAAGAACCGCGAAACGUCUCCAUGCUUGACCAGAACGACGGUAAAGAGGUCAUGACGAUUAUGCUCGAUUCAUCGAUGGAGCAUGACAUGAGCAUGGCUACAGCCUCGUGGUUCGACGACCAACAGUACCCGGAUAGCUCGAAUAACUUGAAUCACCGGUGGCAUCAUCGUUUGGGCGAGCAGUGUACCACAUUUUCCACCAGAAAGGAGAGGGUGGUGUCGCGGAGAAUGCCUCCACCAACACCGCUGCUUCUGAACUCUACCAGCAAGAAUUCGGUCCUAGUGGCUGCUGAACCAUCUCCACUAGAUUCUCCGCAGGAGGCCUACAAAGUCAUUCAGCAACAGCUGAAACAACUUGAGGAGAUGGAUAGGGAUCCAAUGCAAGACGAAAGUGAGAGGCUGCGUCUACUCGAAAGACUGGAACAAGAGAUGGGUCAGCAGGAAUCUCAGUGGCAUGAUAUGCAGAAUGGGUUUAGCAGGGAUUCUGUUUCGACUGCUGAAACCAGGUCAAGUCGACAAUCCGAGGUUGAGAAGAUCAGCAGGGGAACCCAGUCUAGACACUCACAGUCAUCCUCGAUUGCGGCAGAUCGACGUGCCUCUAGACGUGCUCGCCUCCAGAACUCAGUAAGGCCUUCCAGGGACAGUAUUAGCGACACAACUUCUUCAACUGCUGGAGAGAGUCGUCCGCAAAGCCGAUGGCAGCAGAAACUUGCGGAUGCCGAGUAUGAGUAUGCAGAGAAUGCUGCCGAUCUCACUACAACGAAGCCGUUUCUCAACUUCCUGUCGGUGUCUAUGCCGAAGGCUCAUCUCGGUAGCCCUACUCCACCGGAUACCGAUGAGUCUGCAGAUGAAGGGCGUGACUUCCACAGCCGUGCCAAAGCGGUGCUGUCAAGAAAAAACGCACCUUGCGCGAAGUUGUGGAAGCCGACACCACCUGAAGCCCCUGCGUUUAUCAGCAACCACUUGUGGGUUGCGCACGAACGGGUCAGGGCACCUGUCGCCCCGGAGGAUCUUCCUUGUCUUUCAGUCCGUCCUGCUGUCCGCAAGACCACGGGCACCCUGGAGAUCGAGAGCACUCGCUUGUGGAACCGUCGCAACUCUUUCGCCGCGAAGCCACACUCGGUAACGGUUGGUCUCUGGCGAGGAUCCCCUCUCCCCGUUCUCGCCGCCCAACAAGUCAAACCCCGGCCGGUCACGCAGCGUCCGCCCAGAAAGAACAAACAUGUCACCCUUCUGCCGGACAUUAUAGAAAGUCCCAAAGAGAUGCCCAACAAGCGUGGCACUCUCGGUAUUUUUCAGUUUCCUUGGGGUGAGCGAUCCGAUACAGCUACCAUCCAAAUGCGGCCCACCAUGUUCACGGCCAUGCCAGGGACCAUGUCAAGCGGAGGACCUGCCAUUCAAGCUGUUCUAGAGGCACGUGCGAAGCAACUGGAGGCUGAGGAGUACUCUGCUUCUUUCUUCGACGACUAUGAUGAGGAGGAUGACAUGGAUUCCUCCAGUGACGAUGAUUAUGACUAUCAAGAGGACGACGAGGACGUGGAAGAGGCGGUGCCCGAGUAUGAUGAGGAUGGCAGUGCUUACAACCAAGAGGGGAGCGACGACGAUAACGACGACGAUGUGGACUUUGACGAAAGCACCCUCUGGGAAAUUGCCAGCCUCCUCAAAUCGGACCAGGUCCCAUCGAAGAACAGCCUCCUGCCGCAGCCACACCCAGAGCCUCAGCCCUCAAUUGAGGAAUUCUUCUUUGAGCCGCUCGGGUUCGAAGAAGACAUUGAUAAGCGCCCGUUCGAUAACCAGUAUGACUCCAACGUUAGCUACGACUCAAUCUCGAUCGCACUUGAUGGCGACGAGUCGCCUUCUCUACCUCGGGCUACAGGCCUCUGGACCGAGACUCGGGAGGGACCUGCUGUCUCCCGAGAACUGGGGCUGCCGGAGGUGGACGAUGCAACAUGGGAACGUUACCUGCCAACGACGGAACCUCUUCUGCGCAAGGAGCGUCCGGUCGAGCUCCUAACUUCUUCGAGUCUUUGGACGGCGCCUCUCCAGACCGAGUCUGAACAGAUAUGGGUGCUCGCCGCUUCCAUGCCACAAGCAGUCGACAAAGCUAAGCUUGAGGACAUAAAUGGCGGCCAGUCUUCCAUCAUUGAGGCUGUCGAAAACGUGUACCCCAGAGCGACAACCAGUUGUUCGCUGUGGGUAGCGCCUUCGCAGCGUGCUGAGAAGGCCGUUCGGGGCCUCUUUGACGCGAGCGCUUUCCGUCAAGACUUCCGAACAACGUCCGCAUCGCCUGCAGCUCUGGAACUAGUCCGCAAGCCACGCCAGGUAGUCGAAGCCGUGUCCGAGAUUCCACCUUCUACCCUCCUCUGGAGCCAAGGCCGUCCAGCCAGAGCCAAACAUGCUGACAUCUUUUGGAUCACUUCUGCCUCUAACGUCCAGAAAGGCAGCAGCCCUGCUGCUGGUCCCUUCCUCUGGGUCGCUCCAACUGUGAAUGCUAGCCAUAACCCCAUUGGACUUUAUCAGUCUGGCCAGCUUCGAACCAGCUUUCGCACGACCUCAGCUGCGCCCGCUGCUCUAGAAACACCCCACAAAGCCCGUGUCAACGAAGAGCCUCUUGCGAUAUUGAGCUCCUCAACGCUCUGGAAGCAAGAAAGCGACGCGUCUGACGAGUACAACUGGUUGUCCUUUGCUAGCAAAGAGUCUCGAGGCCAGUACUCUCCAUCACGUCGUAGUAGCAUUGCCUCCGAAUCCGUGUCACCCACGGAAUCGAUUGGGCUAUCCUCAUCUAUGGACUCCAGCAGCAUCACUAGUAGCAGUCUGCUGAAAGACGGCUUCCCUGGUUUUCAAGAACCCGAGCAACCGACGGCGCUUGAAGAAAGUGCAGACGAUCACGGUACGCUUGAGCUCUCCCCGGACAUCAAGACACCGACGCUCGCCGAAGUCUCCGACAAAGUUGAGCCUCCAAAGACUCGCUUACGCCGAAGUACCAAGACCACGAGCGCUGACUGGGACACUGAGCUCCUCUUUGCUGUCGUUGCUGGACAGACACGCCAACACCAGCAACCUCAAGCAGCCGCAACACCAGCACAUGGAGAUGAUUCCUCUGAUCAGACCAUCCACGCAAGCCGCCCUCGCCGCCCAGACAUCACCGCUGCAGAAUGGGACAUGGCUCUUACGGAUGCCUUGACAUCUGGUACACAUACAGCUGGGACGACUCAGAGUGGGAGGGUCGAGGAAUCGGUUCAGUCUGAACCGCUUCUCCCAACAACAUCCCUCUGGCUCCAGCCUUCCUCGAAGGCUGAUACACAAGGUUUCUUGUGGACCCGUGCCAUGCCCACAAACCAGAAGCUCGACAUGGCACCUUCCAUUGAGAACAGACUGGACGACAUCGAGUCUCAGCGUUUGCGUCGGAAACGCGUUCGCGCCCUCAUCCCUAAAAGCCGCAGAGCCGAAAUCCGUCACCAGAUUGCCGCCAUCGAAGCCGGCGCUGAUCCCGCAACUGUUGGUCUUGUAAACUUUUCCGGCCACACCCUCUGGACUGCUGAGGAUGCGUCUCGGCCCGAAAGCCUUUACCUCCGCGGCCAAGGUCGGGACUGGCUUCGCCUCUGA